AUGUCUUCCAAAACAUACAACAUUCUUACCCUCCCCGGAGACGGCAUCGGUCCCGAAAUCAUGGCCGAAGCGAUCAAGGUUCUCCAGGCUUUCUCCUCGCCUAAUCUCAACUUCAACCUGCGUAACGAACUCAUCGGCGGCUGCAGCAUCGAUGCGCAUGGCACACCCAUUACGGACGCAGUCAAACAGGCCGCUCUCGAAUCUGAUGCCGUUCUAUUUGCUUCCGUCGGUGGACCAAAGUGGGACUCUUCCCGAAGAGGUUUGGAGGGUCCAGAGGGUGGCUUGUUGCAGCUCAGAAAGGUGCUGGAUGUCUAUGGCAACGUGAGACCGUGCAGCACGGACGUAUGCGCGAGUGUGAGUCGGGAAUUCAGCCCGUAUCGGACAGAAGUCGUUGAGGGUGUGGACUUCGUAGUUUUAAGAGAAAACUGCGGCGGGGCGUAUUUCGGGAAGAAAGUUGAAGAUGAGGACUAUGCGAUGGAUGAAUGGGGCUACUCAACUCAAGAAGUCCAGAGGAUUGCCCGUCUCGCAGCCCACGUUGCCCUCAGACACGACCCUCCUUGGCCCGUUAUCUCCAUGGAUAAGGCCAACGUCCUCGCAUCUUCCCGUCUCUGGCGCCGCGUCGUGGAAAAGACACUCACCACCGAAUUUCCACAAGUCAAAUUCUCCCAUCAGCUCGCUGACUCUGCUUCACUCAUCAUGGCUACGAAUCCACGGUCGUUGAAUGGUGUACUCCUAGCCGAUAACACUUUCGGUGACAUGCUCUCCGAUCAGGCUGGAUCGAUCGUUGGCAGUUUGGGGGUCCUACCAAGUGCUAGUUUGAGCGGUAUUCCCGGCGAGAAGAGAAAAGACGGCAAGAAGUCAUACGCAUUAUACGAGCCAACGCAUGGCUCUGCGCCAACGAUCGCCGGCAAAAACGUGGCGAACCCACUCGCCAUGAUUCUCUGCGUUGCAAUGAUGUUCCGGUACUCAUUCAACAUGGAACCUGAGGCAAAGGCCAUCGAGAAUGCUGUCACGGCCACAUUGGAGGCUGGCAUUCGCACACCUGACCUUGGAGGAAAGGCGGGAACCACCGACGUCGGUAAUGCUAUUGUGGCCCACAUCAAAAAAUCUUUGAGUAUAUAA